UAUUCAGCCAGAUAAUGACGUGUGGGGGCCGGACGACGAGUGGGAGUCAGAUGAGGACGAGUUGGAGCUAGAUGAGGACGGGUCUGAGCUAUAUGAGGAUGAGCUAGAUGAGGAUCGGUCUGAGCUAGAUGAGGAUGGGUCUGAGUCAGAUGAGGACAGGUGGAGGCAAGAACCGAUUUACGAACGUUGGAUACCAUCAUCAGACGCAAUGGCCAACCCACCGACAGGCAAACCUGUCAACUAUGCACCCAACUUUGCUUCGUUCCCACCUCCUGGUCGUGCUCGUACAUCGUUCUCGACAAACGGUGCCACCAGGUUGCCUCAAACAGUCACUCCUAUUCAGCAAGAUGGGGAUGGGUGGGAGCGAGGACGGUUUCGCGAACGUCGGAUGCCACCAUCAAACACAUCCAACGAACGGACAGGUAAAACCGUCAACUAUUCAUCCUACUUUGGUUGGUCCUCAACUCCUAGCCUUGCCCGCCCCUCGUUCUCGACAUACGCCGCCGCGGUAUCAUCUCAUCCUAUUCCUCCUGAUAGGUAUGAGAGGAGGAGAAAAGAGAUUCACAGACGCUGGAUGCCGCCACCGAACGUACCAUCCAAUUCAUCGACCACUGUCCAACCCACUCUGGUUCGUUCUCAGCUCCCAGCCGCACUUGCUUCUAAGAUCAAACAACAUCCAAACCGCCAGUCCACUUAAGCAAGAGGUCUUCCAUGAUCGGAGGUCAGAUUCCAGUGAUCCGAUGUCGAUUGGAGAUUCAGAGAAUCUUAGUCUCGUACCCAGCCAGCUUAUUUUGGUACGGAUGGUAAUUACUACCUACCCAAACAAAAUAAUCGUGCCUGUAAGGAGUAGUUACCAGUCUAGGAGAAUCUGUAGGCAACUGGGCACUCACUUGCUGAUCGCCCGGAACGCUUGCGUUGUAGUGCACGAAUCGGUGGCACCGGCCCGAUCGGUGUCGGCGUGCGUUUAUUCACACAUCACAAAGUUUGACUAUGGUGCGCGUCACUUAGCCACCACUACCUUUGAACAGUGGCCAAAUCGGUCUGAGGAAAAAUUUCAACCCUAACCCUACGCGUGCAACUCCAACGGAUGCUUCGAUAUUAGUUUGAAACAUGUAGCGC